CCAAAUGUUGGUCAGUGUCGCGCCGGCGCCAGAAUCGAUCGCAUGAAUCAGCGUUAGUACCGUGAAUAUAAGAGUGUUAUUUGUUAGUAUUUGGACAUGCCCCGUUUUGCCACUGGGCUUCCUUCCUGUGAAUCAUGAAGUUGAGUACGGAGGUGCCAAUUUCAGUUCAGUGUAAAGCCCUGCCGGCCACAUGCGCCGCAAUCGCAACAUUGUAAAUACAUAACAUAAAUGUAAUUAAAAAUUAACAGUCCGUAGUUUUAGUCGUAAUUCUAAGUGGUGCUAUAUUAAUAAACAUGGAUUUGACCGCGUCGUUAUUAACAUUUACAAUGUUUUGGAAAUUGUCGUGGAGUUUACAGUGCUACACCUGCAAUCCAGAACAGGCGUCGCUCCCGUGCCUGCAGUUCGACUACAGUAGCAAAUACUUGACGGAGUGUGAACACUCUACCAUGUGCUUCAAAAAGGUCACCACGCUGGAGUUCAGCCAGGGAUUGACAUCAGAGAGUAUAACGCGUGGAUGUGCGAGUCAAACAGCGAAUGGGGAGCAGAGGAGGAUCAAUGGCAAAUGGCGAGCGGUCCAGGACAUACACGAGGUGUACGAGGAAACCUGUUCGGAAGACCCGAGCAACUCCGAGCGCUCCCCGAAGACCAUGUACUGUUACUGUCGAGGAGACCGCUGCAAUGGUAGCCAACAAGUACUAGGGAAUUUGUUAGCAUUUGCUGCUAUCAUCAUUUUAGGUGUUUUGAGUUAGUUGAAGACAUUGCAUCUAGGUAUAAUGACAACACGUAAUGCUGACCUAGCACUGCCUGAAUAGUAUAAGAUUUAGAUGACCGACUAACUAAAUAAUGUAUAUCUCUGCUAGGCCAUUUGAAGACACGCUUCACGAACGAAAAUAAAAUUCCUGUUAAGUUUAGGCUUAGUAUUUUUCUUUGAAUCGAUGUAUAUUGUGAGAAAUAGGGAAAAGGAGCUUAUAUGAAAAAUAUAUUUAGGCAUUAUUUAUAAGUAUGUGUACAUUUUACUCUAUUCAAAGCAAAAAAUAUUUGUUUAUUCAUUAGGGUGCAAAUUUCGCUUUCAUUUGCCGUUACUUUUUUUUGUAAUUUGCCGAAUAGAAAUAUUAUUCCAAUACUUUGUAGAUACACUGCGAUUUCCGUAUUUUUUUAUUUUAUAUAAUUGCAAACUAGAUUAAUAAAAAUUAAGUUGAUACAAGUAUAAUGAUAUGACUAAAGUCACAUCACAACUCCUUAGAAAUAAAUAAUUUGUAGUUGAACAUAGCUUGUUACCGCUAUAAAAUAACGGUAAUAAUUUAUAUAGUUAAGGCUAUUUAUAAGAUCCCUAAUACCUCUAUACGGGUCUUUAUAUACUGCCAAUAGUUUUAAGUUGACGGACGAUGUUAUGAACAAUCCCAAAGACCUACGGACAGUGGUGCAUUAUAUACUAUUAUAUGCAUUAUUGCUAGUCAAAGUUAUGUAAAGAUUGCAAGCCUGUGAUUCUCUCUUCAGGUAGGUAGUUAGACUGGAUAGUUACUUAUUUACUUCCUUACUUAAUUAUUAUAAUGUUUCCUUGUAUUAAUGUAAAAUUACUAUUAAAUUCGUAUGUGUUUUUUGUUUCCCCGUUUCCGCCUCACAUAAAAAUAGGGAAGAUGAAUAUUAAAUUCUAUAGAAUUUAAACGCUAUAGCAUAAAUUACUGGAAGUGAGUUAUAUCAAUUUUAUUAUUUUGCACGGACAUAAAAUAUUAUAUACUGUUUGUCAUCUUAAUUGAUUGUCUUUAAACACGUAGAACAUUUUAAUACAAGUGAAAGUAAUUAUUUAUUGACUAUUGUUCGGCAGUAACGGAAACUCUACUAAGACACAAGCUAUGCAACAUCUGUUUAGCAUUUAAUACUUGAGUCAUUUCUAAAUACCAGUAAACUAUUAAGUAUAAUUUGUAAUAUUUUACUUUAAGAUCUAUCAACAUAAGUACUUCAUUGGCAACAAAUGAAAGUAAUUCUUAUUGUUAAGGAAAUAAAGACUAUUUGAAAAUUACCACUGAUGUACUUACAGUUGAUUAAAUACUAUAUUAUGUGAUACUCAACUACAUGUAAUCUUUUAAUUGAAUAAUUAUUAUCAUUCCUAUACAA